AUGGGUAAAGUAGUGCUGAUCACCGGCUCGAGCAGUGGUAUCGGUGCCCAAACUGCCGUCGAGUUCGCCCGACUCGGGGCGCAAGUAGUGGUCACCGGUCGGGACGCACAGCGGGUGUCAGAUGUGGCCAAACAGUGUCGGGAAGUGUCGCCUAAAGGUAUAAAACCGUUGGAAGUGUUGGCGGAUAUGAGUGUCUCAGAGGACUGUCGGCGACUCAUUGCCACCACAAUCGACACAUUCACGCGACUCGACGUAUUGGUCAACAACGCGGGUAAAGGGGUGUUAAGUACCAUCACUGACCCGGAUAUUAUGCACAAAUACGGUGACUGUAUGGACACGAACCUGCGUUCAGUCGUACUGUUAACCCACUUAUGUGCCCAACAUUUGACUAAAACAGGCGGUAAUAUCGUUAACAUAUCGAGCAAUGCGGCCAUUAAACCGGCACCUAGACUUCCCUUAUAUCGUACUGCAAAGUGUACGAUAGAUAUGUUCACCAAAUGUGCGGCACUAGAGUUAGCCCCCUAUGGCGUACGAGUCAACUCUAUUUGUGCCGGUGCUGUGAUGACUAACUUUCUAUUGACUAUGGGGUCUACAAAACAGGAGUCCGGUGUCAAGUAUAAUGAGAUCGCUAUGAAAACACCGGUGGGACGGGUGGGUGAACCCAUAGACAUCGCUAACGCCGUGCUAUACCUGUCGUCACCCGACGCCCAGUUCAUAGCCGGAAGUUGCUUUGUAUGCGAUGGGGGCUAUGUCCACAUAUGA